GUGAGUUCGCAGUAUCUUCCUGUCAAAACCGUAGCAAUCGAAGACAAGUUCUUAGCACUUUCAGAAAUAAUUUUAAUCUCAUUGAUUGAUCGCAAAAAUUUUAGAUAAGGUCAUAAACAAGUCGAUUUUAAAGUUGCUGCUACGAACUUCAAAUUUGUAACUUGAUACAACGUAGCACAUACGUAAAUUCAUUGAACAGGCUAAUUUUUAAAACAAAAUACUUAUCAACUACGUCGUAUUCAGAAGUAAGCAGUAAUCAUGAACAAUCUGUUAACAAAAUCGCUUCUCACUUGUCGAGCAAUAAAAUGUCGCCCAGUGGUCUGUCAGUGCCUCAGAAUUCAAAAGCAAAAUGUCAAAAAUAUGCAUACUUUGACAAAGUCCAAACCAAUGUGCUCUCAUUUUGCACAAAAUAAUCUAAACAUCCUACAGAUUCACAAAAGAACAAUGUUUAUUCAAACUCAAGACACUCCAAAUCCCAACAGUUUGAAGUUUAUUCCUGGAGUGGAGGUUCUAGGCGCUGGUCAAACCAGAGAUUUUCCCAAGAUCACUGACGCUUCGUGUUCACCACUAGCUAAAAUGCUAUUUCGCAUUCAAGGUGUUAAGUCUGUAUUUUUAGGACCAGAUUUUAUAACAGUUACUAAGGAGGAUGAGGACAUGGAAUGGCAAAUUGUCAAACCAGAAAUUUUUGCAAGUAUAAUGGAUUUCUUUGCCAGCGGUUUACCCAUUGUGACAGAAGAACAAACUUCUGCAGAUACUGCUAGUGAAGAUGAUGACGAAAUCGUACAGAUGAUUAAAGAAUUAUUGGACACUAGAAUAAGACCUACAGUUCAAGAAGAUGGAGGAGACAUCGUUUUUGUGAGCUUUGAAAAUGGAAUUGUAAAGCUCAGAAUGCAAGGCUCUUGCACAAACUGUCCUAGCUCAGUCGUGACAUUGAAAAAUGGAGUUCAAAACAUGAUGCAAUUUUAUAUACCAGAAGUACUGGGAGUAGAACAAGUUGAAGAUGAAACAGACAAAGUGGCCAAAACUGAAUUUGAGAAACUCGAAAAAAAAAUAAAUGAAUCUACUAGUCCACAGCAGUAAUGUUAAACCCUAUUUUUAUUGUAUAUAAAUUGUGUAAUAUAAAACUAGGUUUUAUCUUAUAAGUAACAUACAACUAUGUUUGUUUUUAACUAAGUUAAAAUUAAAUAAUAUACAAUAAAACUUA